CUCAGAGAUAAAGAAGCUGCAGUCCCAGACGCAGGCGCCAUGGCGACUCCAGGAGACAAGGAGCGCGGUCUGCCGUCGCCCACUCAGCAGGCUUUCCCCCAGCAGCCAGCGCAGACGCAGCAACCACAGCAUCAGCAGAGGCCGAGCUCGCGCAGAUUUAGUUUUCUCUCCGACAAGUCUCGCAAGAAUUCUGUCACCGUCAAGGUCGACCUGCACGAAACGCACGCUGAAAAGGAUUCUAGACGCCUCCACAGCAAGGCUGAUCCAACGUUGGCCAUGAACGAAGCGGAGCCCUCUGUCGAAGCCGUCAUGACGGCGUCUUCACGCCCGCCCCUGCGUUCCAUUCAGCACAAGGAUGCGUAUGGGAAUGUAAUUGCCGACCCUGACCUGUCUAACCCUACCCGCAAUCGCUGGGAGCGGCCUCUCGACACUAUCCGAAGCUUUGAGGCGGCAAUUGAAGGCGACUUUGCGCGCAGGUCCAUGCAUCGCUCAGAAACGGACCCUUCAGCAAACUUCAGCCGCCGAAACAGCUACUAUAGAGCAAAUCAACCACGUUUCCCCCAGGACAGCUACUAUGGCAGCCGUGCCGCCUCCUUCCGAGGAGAAGGGCCGCCCCCGCCCAUGUCGGCGAGGAACAGCUACUACGACAACCAACACUACAGCAACAACGGCGGCUACUAUACUACGAGUGCAGGCCCCAGCGGCGGGCGACGUCCGUCGCGAGAGCAGACUUCCAGGAUGGCCAUGGCUUCUGAGCCCCAACUCCGAACGUACGGCCGCGAGCAGAACGUCUACCCCAUGCCUCACAAGGAUCGCUCUUAUGAGACAGUGACAUCCGCGGCCGCCAGUGGAAACUCGGAUCCCGCAGGUUACCAAACCGACCCGACUAGCAGUGACAACAGCUCGAUUCACCGGACCUCCCCAGCCAAGCAAGUCAACGACUAUGGCAUCGCCUUCAGCCAGUCGUCGCAGUCCUACAAGCCUCCCAUGUUGACGGUCAACCUCACGCCUCCCGCCAGCAAAAUGCCGGCGCCGCCAAACGCGAGUUACCAAAACCCUCAGUCAGCGAUCCCUAGAAAGGAUGCUACGUUGCUUAAGAGACAAGUUUCCACGACGCCGUCUGGAGGAGAGAAGCGAAAGAGCUGGUUUUCUCGCCGGUUUAGUAAAAAUGCCUAA